CGAAGCGGUUUGGGCCUCCUGCCGCCCCGUCGCCCUCCGCCUGUGGCCGCGACACCGCUCAGCACAGCGCAUUCCAGCGUGGGGUCGUGGUGGGAGGGGCCUUCUUCGGGGCCUGCCUUGUACACCGCCUGAGCAGAAACGUGGGAGGUUUGGCUCGUCGCGGGCUCUCUCCCCACAGACGCACGCCGGCACCCGCGUUCACACUCGCAUCUCCUUUUAGCAACGCUGCCUGGCGCGGCGAGUAAGCGGAGACCAUCGCGGAAGAAGGCCGCGUCGAUCAGGCAUGGCGGCGGGGCGCCCGGAGGGAAGCCGGGUGGAAGGUUCUUUCCCCGUGCACCGCCGCAGGAUGGAGUUCGAGCUCCUGGAGAGCGACGUGCUGGAGUCGCUGGAGGACCUGGGUUACAAAGGUCCAUUGUUGGAUGAUGGAGCGCUGGCCCAGGCAGUCUCCCGUGGAGCCAGCUCCCCUGAAUUCACCAAACUCUGUGCUUGGUUGGUAUCUGAGUUGCGGCUCUUCUGUAAACUAGAGGAAAAUGUGCAGGCAACUAACAGUCCAGACGAAGCAGAAGGAUUUCAGCUGGAAAUGAGUGGGUUGCUGGCUGAAAUGAACUGUCCAUAUGCAUCGUUAACAUCAGGAGAUGUGACAAAACGCCUUCAUAAUCAAAAGAACUGUCUCUUGCUGCUUACAUACCUCAUCUCAGAACUGGAAGCUGCCAGAAUGCUGUGUGUGAAUGCCCCUCCUAAAAAAGCACAGGAAGGAGGUGGCAGUGAAGUCUUUCAGGAGCUAAAAGGCAUAUGUAUUGCUUUAGGCAUGUCCAAGCCUCCAGCCAACAUAACGAUGUUCCAGUUCUUCAGUGGAAUUGAGAAAAAACUGAAGGAAACUCUAGCAAAGGUUCCACCUAAUCAUGUUGGAAAACCUUUGUUGAAGAAGCAACUGGGACCAGCUCACUGGGAAAAAAUUGAAGCAAUUAAUCAAGCCAUAGUCAACGAAUACGAAGUCCGAAGAAAACUAUUAGUCAAACGUUUGGAUGUUACAGUGCAGUCCUUUGGCUGGUCAGACAGAGCUAAGAGUCAGACAGAAAAACUGGCUAAAGUCUACCAGCCAAAACGUGCCCUCUUGUCUACUAAGUGCACUAUUUCCAUUGCAAACCUCUUGGCAGCUCGGCAGGAUCUAUCAAAAAUUAUGAGAACGAGCAGUGGGUCCAUCCGAGAGAAGACUGCAUGUGCCAUUAAUAAGGUGCUGAUGGGCAGAGUGCCUGACAGAGGGGGACGGCCCAAUGAAAUUGAACCGCCACCGCCCGAGAUGCCACCGUGGCAGAAGAGACCUGAGGGUGGUUCGCAGCAAGGUGGCGGCGGCAGAGGAGGAAGAGGCGGCUACGAGUCCUCGUACGGAGGGCGAGGAGGUUAUGACCACGGGGGUCACGACCGAGGAGGAAGAGGAGGCUAUGACUCAUCGUAUGGAGGGCGAGGAGGUCAUGAACAAGGGAGCCAUGAUCGAGGAGGACGAGGAGGAGGACGUGGUGGUUACGAUCAUGGUGGCAGAGGAGGCGGAAGAGGAAACAAGCUUCAAGGAGGCUGGACAGAUGGCGGAGGUGGUGGCUACCAGGAUGGCAGCUACAGGGAGAGCAACUACAGAGAUGGAGGUUUUCAAACGGGUGGCUACCAUGGUGGUGGUGGCGGCGGCGGCUACCAAGGAGGAGGCUAUGGUGGCUACCAGUCGUCUUUAUAUUCAGGAAGUGGCUACCAAGGGGGAGGUGGUGGUGGCUACCAGCAGGACAACAGAUACCAAGACGGUGGGUCCCACGGUGACCGAGGGGGUGGGCGUGGAGGAGGGAGGGGGGGCCGUGGCGGUCGUGGUGGCCGCGGAGGUCAGGGAGGAGGCUGGGGAGGCAGAGGUGGACAGAACUUCAAUCAAGGAGGGCAGUUUGAGCAGCACUUCCAGCAUGGAGGUUAUCAGUAUAAUCAGUCUGGCUUUGGACAAGGAAGACACUUCACAAGCUGAAGCUGCUAAAAACUUUUGCUUCAGCAGAGCUCACGUAACAGAAACCUGGUUUCAGAGGCCUGGCUUCAUCGCUGCGUGAAUG